GCUUUAACUGAAGUCAAAGCUCAGGAUAUAGAGACGGCGAGCAGUCAUGGGAGACGUAGAGCUGGUGAAAGACCUGCCGACGAACAGUGAGUCUUCAAACAAACUCAAGAAGAAGAAUUCUGAGGACUGUAAUGGCAAUCUGAUGCCCACAAAGAAGGAGAAGAUUCAAGAGAAUGAAGUUGAAGCUCCACUGAUUGAGACCAAAGAAGAAACCAAAAACAAACAGGAAAAUGGUUUGACCACAGAAGAAAGCAAGAUCCAGGAGGACCUUCAGGAGUCGGAGGACCCUCAGAAACCUCAGGAGGAAGCAGAGGUGGUGGUGGAGGACGUGCCGGGGCCAGAUGAUGUUAUAUGUGACUCCUGCAUCGAUCGGCCGUGUCGGGCCAAGAAGUCUUGUCUGACCUGUCUGGUGUCGUAUUGUGAGGCUCAUCUGAGGCCACAUCUGGAGAACGUGAAGUUUCAGAGCCACAAGCUGAUGGAGCCCCUGAGGGACAUCGAGAGACGGACGUGUGAGAAUCAUCGCUGUCCUCUGGAGCUCUUCUGCUCUGUAGACAUCUGCUGUGUGUGUCAGGAGUGUCUGACAGAUGACCAUCAAGGACACAACACGCUUCCCAUUAUAGAGGCACGCAGGAAAAUAGAGAAAGAACUUCAGGACAAACAGACGGAUGUGUUAAAGACCGUCACUGCAGCAGGAAACGCCAUCAAUAAACUACAGCUCAAUACUGUGUCAAUAGAGGCGUCUGUGAAGGAGGUGCAAGAGGUGAUUGAGGAGCAGUUUAGUUUACUGCUGGCAGCCGUGGAGCAGGCCAAGAAAGACGUGAGCGAGAUUUUGGAGGUGGAGGAGCGUCAGGCUCUGCGUCAGGCCGAAGGAAUUAAAGUUCAUCUGGAACAGCGCUGCGCUGAACUGAAGAAAACUCAGACUCAGAUAGAGAAGAUCACGAAAAACAAAAGUGACAUUGGCUUCCUGCAGGAGUAUUCACAGUGGAAGAAAGAAUCGACCGACGUGUCUUUACCUGGGGUUUAUAUCGGUCUCAUGGAUCGACUCCAGACGUUCAGUCGUGUUGUAAAAGCGUCCACAAAAGAGAUGUGUGACCAACUGCUCACCUUAUAUCCCAACAAACUUAAAGAGAAAGAAAAUGUGGGGAUAAAAACUACAGUUUAUACCACUAUGACUGCUAAACAAAACAUGUCAUUACCAAACCCAAACACCAGAGAAGACUUCCUCAAAUAUAGCACGCCUCUGAACUUUGAUGCCGAUACAGCGCAUCAGUUCCUGCGUUUGACAGAAGAGAAGAAGAAGGUCACAAAUACGACCCCAUGGCAACACAGCUAUCCUGACCUGCCCGAGCGCUUCGAGCACUUCCGUCAGGUGCUGACGGUCGAAAGCUUCUACAUGGGUCGCCAUUAUUUUGAGGUGGAUUUAAAAGGGGAGGGCACUCACGUGGGCCUGACCUACAAGAGCAUCGAGCGCAAGGGAUCUGAGAGCAACAGCUGUAUCGCAGGAAACAACUUCUCCUGGUGUCUGCAGUGGAACGGGAAAAGCUUCUCCGCGUGGCACAGUGAUGUGGAGACGCCUCUCAACGCUCCUAAAGCCACACGGAUCGGUGUGUACGUGGAUUAUUCCCGUCGCUUGCUGGCAUUUUAUGACGUUGGGAACAACAUGUCCCUCAUCCACCAGUACCAGGCAGAGUUUCGAGAACCUCUCUACCCAGCGUUUUGGCUUCCUAAGAAGGAGGACGUUGUGGUUUUGGUGGAACCAGGUGGAGCUCUCUCCCUAACAACCCCUUCUCCGCUUUCCUCUCCUCCAUAAACUGCAUCCACAUCAUUUCCAUGUCAUAGGUCGCAUUAACACCUGGUAUUAAUGUAUAUCUUGAGUGAAAUUAUUAAACAGAACUUGUUAAAUAUAAAUGUGAGAUAUCCAAUCAGAAGUGGUCAUAGGAUACACAUUUGAGAUAGAUGUAAAUACCAGGUGUAAACUGGGUCAUGUGAAUUGUUACUUUUGACUGAUGUUAAAGUUUUAUGACUGCCAGAAUGUAUUUUAUAUGCAUCAUACUGUACUGUACUCCUUACAAAAAUUAACCAUGGUUUUACUACAGUAAAAAAACAUGGUUAGUGUAGUAAAACCAUGGUUUUGCUAACAAAAAAACAUGGUUACUACACUUUUAAAAAAACAUUUUACAAAUUUUCGUAAAGGCAUGGCUAACUGCUUUUGAAAAAAAUGCUAUUUAUGUGUUUUGUGUACUAUAUACUUUACAUUACAAAAUGUCUUUAAUAAACGCUUUUAUCCAUGAGAUCUAAGUAUAAAGUUGCUCUGUGCAUCUAUUCAAUAAAGUCACACGAGUGUUGAAACCCAGGUGUUGUAGCUGAAUAUUGCAGUAGAGUAUUUUAGGGUUGGUCAUGGAGGGGUUGGGUUACACCUGUACAUGGGUUAAUGGGACAGACGUGCAUUCAUGAUCACUGUGUCUGUAAGCUGUGGUUUUCUCUGAUGUGAUGAUUUUGUUGCUCUGUAAGUUGUGACAAUUACCUUACCAAACAACAAGCAUUAUGUGUCUAUGCAAAUACAAAACUACAGUUGCUGCAUUGAGACAUAUUUGGUCUUGUAGCCACAACUGGUUUCACCGGUCUACAGAGAUAAUGUCACAAAGCCUACAAGGAUACAUGGAUAAUGUUUCACUGAGGACAACUCUAUGUAGGUGUCACCAGCUGCCUUUUUCUCUAUGCAAUUAAAUACAUUAAUAUGAUACUGCUGUUAUAUAUAUUUAAUAAA